CUAGUGCCUUCUAUUCUCUUCAAUCGAGACGAGGAAGGCCAUGGUCUCCUUGGCUGGCCAUGGCUGAUGCGGAAGAGCCAGAGACAGGCUCCAGACCGAGCCGAAGCCGAAGCCGAAAGGGAAGCAUGGGAAGCAUGAAACUGGAAGGGAAGACUGGUGCAUCGCGCUCAUCGGGCAAGAUCACAGAGGAGAGCGGGCAAAAGGAAGUGAGACUGGAGAUCCCGAGUUGUCCGCAGCAGCCAGCUCCGCUUUGUCCAAGAUGACGGGGCAAGUAAAGGCAUUGAAGUUCGCCAUGGAUUUGGCCAAGAAAGCCUACGAUGCUCGGGAUGAUCUUCUUUUGGGUCCUGAGCGUCCUGAGCCAGAGGAGGAAGAGAAGAACCAAGAAGAGAAUCAAGGGGAGAGGAAGCCCCGCCGCACUGUCUAUGAGAAGGAAGAGGAGGAGUUGAUGGAGCUCUUUACAAAGCUUGAGCCGCCCAUCUACAAGCCAGCUCCACUGCACGUGCGAGGGCUUUGUCAGGCGGCCAAGCGCCAGUGCAACAGGCAGAAGUUGCUGGAGGAAGAGCGCCUGCAGGUGCUGGAGCAGCUGAGACGGGAUGAGAGGCCAUCCAACUUGAAAUGUCUCAGUGACGAAGAGUUGAACGAUAUUGAGCUCACGGGGCGUCGUGUGCAAUACCAUGUGGCCUUGCUGCAGCGUCGUCAAGAACGUUUGGCCAAGAUUGACAAUAAGACCUUCCAACAGCUGCCCGGCCAGUUGAUCGAAGCAGGGGCCGAUGGAGACUAUGAUUUCAUCAAACUUUGUGUAGAGGCAUCAGUGCCCUUGGACAUGUUCAACGAGAGGGGUGUCACUGCAUUGAUCACUGCCACAGUGAACAACAAGGUCUCAAGUGCAAAACUUCUCUUGGACUCUGCUGCAGAUCCAUCCAUGCAAGACCUGAAUGGCGCGAACUGUGUUCACUACGCCGUGGGCCUGCGGCGGCUGCAGAUCUUGGAUUUGGCACUGGGUGCCAUCAACCGAAGCAGGUGCUACGUGGCCCUCUACGUCAAAGAUGCACGUGGAAAGAAUGUUCUCGACUAUGCGCGUUCUGAUGGUCAUGAAGAAAGUUUGCGACUGUUGAAGCUUCGUCUAGGUGGUCCCAUUGGCUUUGUGUGGGCCGUGACUGACAGUAUGGUUUACAAUGCUGUAGCGAAGUUGCCGUCGGGCGACAAGGGGCACAAGGGGAUGGCGCGAGCUGUGGCACGCCUCGCUGCAGAGCGGGCAGCACAGAAGAUCCAGGAGAAGAUUCGGCAAGCAAAAGAAAAGGCUCGAGAGAGGUUGCUUGGCGGCUGGCUGUGCUCAUACUGCAGCAAGGCUACCAUCUCUAAAAAGAAAAUGGAAGAGACGAUUCAGGCAGAUGUUCCAGAAAUGGAAGAAGAUGAGGAUGCUGAUUUGAUACCUGAUUUGAUACCAGACUUGCAGCAGCCGACAAACACCACGGUGUUCUAGGUCUUGAAUCUCUCAAACACCCGGUGUACAUGCCAAGCAGGAAGGACCUUCAGCGAUCUUAGAACUGUUGGUGCUGCACGCAGGCCAUAAGUCAUUCCUCAAAGUGGCGUUCAUGCCAUUGCGCCUGUCACGCGUCGUUUUUCCUUGUAUGAACUAUGACGAAGACCACUCUGUGACAGCUCUGCCCCGCCUUCCAAGAUGGCGAAUGCGCAUCCGGGCAAUGUCGGCCAUCUCGGCCGAUCUGCCUGGAUCUUGUGGAUGGUGUGUCUCGGGAUGAAGGAAGUGUUUAAGCUAUUCAACUUUCGAGUCCUCCACCCGGCGCUUCCUGUGGACAUCUCGAAGAAGUCUCAUUGAAGUUUCCCGAAGAGAAGCUUUUCAGUUCUCACCGAAUGGUGAGGAAUUGUGUCAUUGUCCAAGCAUGCUGAACCGCUCAACAGUCCAAACACGUGCAAAAA